ACAUGUGCGGCCAGUGAGUAGUGUGACCCCAGCAAGGUUAUGUGCGCUUCUCCUCUCCAUGUGUAGGGGUGCUGUAAUAUAGUGAAGUCUCCGUAGGCGGUAGUGUUGUGUGUCUUCCUUGUCAUGGACUCUGGCAAAGAGGAAGAAGAAGAUCUGCGGCAUGUAGAAAAAGAUGUUCUUGUCCCGAUGAUUAUGAGAGAGAAAUCCAAAGUGCGAUGUGCUGAACAUGUAGAAGCUUUCACAAAAUGCUGUCAUGAAAGCGGUUUUCUCAUGGUGGUAAAAUGUCGAGAUGAAAACGCAGCACUGAAGGAGUGUCUAACAAAGCACUAUAGAGAUCCUGUUUUCUAUGAAGAAUGUAAGCAAGAAUAUUUAAAGGAAAGAGAAGAAUUUAGAAAAACGGGUAUUCGCACCAAAAAACGAGAGCAGAAGUUACCAGCCAGCAUGUAACAUUUACCCAAAUGU